AAAUACCACCACCGAGUUCAAGUUCAAACCAACUCAAACCAGAGCAACCCAAGCCUCCAAAUCCUUGCUAAACCUUCCUCUCAGCCUCCUAAAGCCUUCCCUAACCUCUUCUCCGCCCAACAACCACUUGAGAUAGCCCAACCGAGCUCAAGAAAUUCCGAAACUUUGAGCUCUCGGUUCUCCCUCAAAUCUCCAUCAAUUUUGUCAAACCAAGAGUCUAUUUUGCUUAGAAUUUCACCAGGAAGCUAUUCGUGCAAGAAUUUUGAAGUUUGGAGGUCUAGAUUUCAUUCUGCCAUUGUUGCUGAGCUCCUCACCGGAAAAGCUUCACGGUGCUCAUCGUUCUGGCCAAACCAGAGACCUUUUCAGCUACCCACCUAUACCAUUGAGUUCCUGGGAGUGAGAGGAAGCUUUUCCAAUCGGUUUCCACCCUUAAAUCCACCCUUCCGCCGGAGCGCCGCCGCCAGCCACCGUCUUCUCCGGCGAGCUCACCGGAAAACUGCUCAGAACUUGGAUUUUCUUGCAUAGUUCGAAUCCUUGUCUUCCAUAGGUUCCAUAUACAUAUUUGGUUCGGAAAAAUUAACUUGGUUUGAUAGGGUUUCAAGAGGAAAGAAGGUGAAGAAUGGCUGGUAGAGGUAGACCCGCAAACGUUAACGCCGAUCUUGCUGCCGCUCUAAAUGGUCUAACUGAAGUUUUAAGGGCACAGGCACAGUUCAUGCAAGGGGCUCAUGUUGCUCCAGGAGGAGAACAUCGUGGACUUGAUAAAUUUUUGAAACGGGACCCUCCAACUUUCAAAGGGGAGUACAAUCCUGACGGAGCUUAUAAAUGGAUGACCCAAGUAGAAAAGACUCUCAACUCGAUGAACUGCACCGAUAAUCAGAAGGUGAAUUAUGCCAGUUAUCUGCUAGAGGGAGAAGCUGAAACCUGGUGGACCCAGGCUAAACCAAGGAUGAUCCAAGCUAACCUCAUGACUUGGAUAGAGUUUAAAAGAGUAUUUAUGGAGAAAUACUUCCCUGAAGACGUCAAGGCCCGAAAGGAAGUUGAAUUUUUGGAGCUGAAACAGGGAAAUAUGACUAUUGGGCAAUAUGCAGCUAAAUUCGAGGAACUGGCUCAAUUUCAUCCCUCGUACUGCGAUGCUGCAAAUGAAAACUCCAAAUGUAUUAAGUUUGAAAACGGAUUGAGGCCAGACAUCAAAGCUGCCAUUGGGUACCAGCAGAUUCGAAAUUUUUAUACGUUGGUAGACAAAUGCCGCAUAUUCGAGAAUGACGACAAACAGAGAAAGGAGUACCUUAAAACCCUCGGCCCUCAGAAGAACUUUCGAGGAGGAAUUGAUAAAAAGAAACCAUUCCAGAAAACCUUCCGAUCGCAAAGUUCUUCUUCUAGUGGGAAAAACAAAAUCCUGAGAUACCAGCCGCAAAAUCCUCCCCGAUGUUAUAAUUGUGGAGGAAACCAUUACCGGUAUGAAUGUCCUCACACCCAAGCCGUAUGUUACCGGUGCAAACAGCCAGGGCAUGUCAGUAUAAAUUGCCCAAAUCCUAAAGUGGAGUCUUCCAACAAUGAACGUGGAGGAGCUGGCAAUCGCAACAACAACAAUAACAACAAAGGGAAGAAGGAGAACAACAAGGCGCCUGCCCGAGGACGCUUCUUCACUCUGACUGGAGCAGACCUAGAACCAACCGAAGAUCUGAUUCAAGGUACAUGUUUUAUGAAUGGCAUUCCUUUAGUUGUUUUGUAUGAUUCUGGUGCUACCCAUUCUUUCAUUGCUGUUGAUCUCGUGAAACGAUUGCGUUUGGCCACGCAAUCCUUAGUUCGUAAACUCAUAGUAUCAACCCCUACUGGAGAUACUGUGAGUACUACCUUCCUUUGUAAAGACUGUCCACUUGUAAUUCAGGACAGAAAUUUUGUGGUAAGCCUUGUUUGCUUACCACUGUCCCAAAUCGACAUAAUCAUGGGAAUGGAUUGGCUUUCGGCCAAUCAUGUCCUUCUGGAUUGCCAUCGUAAAAUUAUAAUCUUCGGAUCAGAUCCCCCACAUGAUGGCAGAUUUAUUUCUGCUAACAACGUUAACACCUCGGUAAAGCAAGGCGAACAAGUCUAUAUGCUAUUGUGCUCACUGGAAGGAGAGGCGGAACAUCCGAUGCAGCGCAUACCUGUUGUGGAGGAGUUUCCGGAUGUAUUCCCUGAUGACAUUCCCGGAUUACCUCCAGAGAGGGAACUAGAGUUCGCUAUUGACUUGAUUCCUGGUACAGGGCCGAUAUCCAUAACACCCUAUAGGAUGUCCCCUCUAGAGUUAGCUGAAGUAAAGAGGCAAAUCGAGGAGUUGCUAGAAAAGCAAUUUAUCCGCCCUAGUGUGUCACCAUGGGUGAAGGUAUGAAAAACGGUAGAAAGGGGGGGUUUGAAUAACGUUUUCAGAACAAAACUUCCACCUUAAAGAUUUUGACAAAUCUUUCGAGAACUUAAGUGCUAAAGAUAAGAGAUAGAAAAGCACACAAGGAUUUUAUCCUGGUUCACUUGAUAAAUCACUCAAGCUACUCCAGUCCACCCGUUAAGGUGAUUUCUUCCUUCUUAGAAUGAAGGCAAUCCACUAAUCAGGUAAGAGUUACAACUGCACUUGAAACCUACAAGUGACUAACAAUUACACUGACUUAGCUCACACUAAGAUUCACUCUCUUAGUCUUCUCUAGGAUCCGAUCAACCUUGAUCUCCUAAAGGAACUAAACAAACUAUUUAUCAAAGAAUCGUUUACAAGAGAUUUGCUUCUAAAAAGCUAAUUGUAAACUCAAUGAAUUUCAGAUGAAAGAAAGCUUAGAAUAUUUUGAAUAUGUCUUGCGCGUGUGUAUUUCUUUUUCUCUUUUUUUCUUCACAGCUUCUUUCAAUCUUCAGCCUCUAUAUAUACUCCAAGGAUUAGGGUUGAGCGUUGCAUGGGAAAUGCUACCGUUGGAGGGCAGUUCUGGAAAAUCCAGCUUCUGCUGUGGCUGAGAACGUUAGGUAGGUCGUCAGGAAGGUACACUUGCUUUUGUACUUGGAUAGCGACUUGACCUUUUAACCUAGGAGACUUCUGAUCAGGGGAAUACUUCAUAUUGGAACUUGUGAAGCCGGUUGAUCAGAGUCAGAGGGAAAGCAC